GAAAGAGUUCAUGAAUGCUACCGAGAAGAGCAACUACAGUGUUAAGGAAGAGCUUGAAAUCGCAAAGAAGAGAGGUAGGUCACUGAUGCAAUAUGCCACAGUCACAUUCGAAUGGUUUGCUAAGACGUAGCAGUGGCGAACCUAGAAGACCAACGGAACGAACUGCAAACGGAGAGGGCAAGACUCAUGGAUAAGCUAGCAGACGCAGAGCGCCAAGUUCGUAACCUCGGCAUCGAUAUCCAGGAUCAGCAGAAACGCCAUGACAGAUACUGCGAAGAUAUAAAAGCAGAUUACGAAAGAAAGAUGAGAACCAAGAUCGACGACUAUGAACGCGAAAUGGACAAAGUCGCCAAGCUUCAGCAAGAAUUCGAGGAAAAAUGCGGCGCUGAAGCAGAGGCCAGGUUAGACAACCUGUCUAGUGAAAAUAAGGAGCUUCGGAGUGCUCUCGAACGACAGAAGCGAGAUCAUGAGCACGAGAUGCGCUUGCUCAACAUAGACCUUGAUAGGCAGUCUAUUCGGAUCCGAGAUUUCGAAGACAGCUUGAGAAGAUCAGAAGAGGAGCAGCGGGCACUACAGGCUCACAUCGACGAAAAUCUCAAGACGAUUGAUCGACUCAGAAAACGUGCCGAGGAUGCUGAGGAAAGCCUUUCCAAAGACAAAGGCCACCUAGGUGGACAAAUCAGCCUUCUGAGCCAGAAGCUUGACAUCAGUUCAGAGAAAAUCCAGAGUCUCGAAGAACUGAAUAAAGCCGUUCAGUUGGAAUGCGAGCGUAGACUUCAGGAGAUCGAGCUAGCAGCCCAAAAGAAGAUCGACGAGGAGACCAAGGCAUUGCGAGACAAGCUCAUCAAGGAAGAGGAGAGGCGGCACAAGCUCUUUGAGCAAGUACAAGAGCUCAAGGGCAACAUCCGUGUCAUGUGUCGAAUCAAGCCUCCAGCAGACAAAUCAAGUGAUGCUCUUAUCAAAUUUAACACACGAGCGAGCGAGCUCGACGAGGAUAAAAUCGACGGCCUAACCAUACCGACCGAGCGAGAAGACUUCAGAAUGCCCGGCAAGAUGAUUCCCGGAGAACCGAAAGAAUUCAGCUUCGAGCGAGUCUUCGACGACAGCUGCACCAAUAAAGAUGUGUUCGACGAGAUUAGUCAACUCGUUCAAUCCGUCAUGGAUGGUAAGAAGGUCUGUAUCUUCUGCUACGGCCAAACAGGGUCAGGCAAGACGUACACGAUGAGCCGAAAGGAGGAUGGCAUCAUCCCCAGAACACAAGAAAUGAUCUUCGGUGAGGUUGACAGACUGAAGGUCCUCGGCUGGGAAUAUACAGUCGAGGGUAGCUACUUGGAAGUCUACCAAGACAAGCUGUACGACCUGCUCGCAUCUCGCAGUGCGAAGCCAGAACCACUCAUGGUUGAUCCCAUCAGCGAAGAAUUAAAUAUAAAGGGCCAUUCGUUCACACUCCUGAAGGAAGAAAAGGACCUUGACGAAAUGGUCAGGAUAGCAGACAACAACCGCCACACAGCCGCAACCGCAAUGAACGACCGGUCUUCGCGUUCGCACUCUAUUCUUGUCUUGAAGAUCCGUGGGGUCAAGAAGAACGAGGACGGGGAAAUCAUCAAAACCCGGAAGGGCACCUUGAACUUGAUCGACUUGGCAGGUUCCGAGUCCCCCGACAAGGCGCGCGGCGAGCAGAUCUACAAGGAAGGUGUCGAGAUCAACUCGUCGCUGAGCUACCUCCGGACAGUGCUAUCCCGCCUGGGCCAAGGCAAGACGGAGGGCGUGGACUUCCGGUCCUACACGCUGACCCAGUUGCUGCGGCCGUCGCUCGGUAAGGGCUGCCGGACGCUAAUGUUCGUCAUGGUGAGCCCGCUCAAGGAGAACGAGAACGAAACUAUAAGGAGCUUGGAAUUUGCUAAAGACGUAAGUGAUACCACCCCCCCCAAACAUACAUCCAACGUACAAAUCUUUUCGUAGAGAGCUCGGCUAACUGUUUUGAUUAGGCCCAAAAAGUCAAGAUGGGCGGCAACGGAGGAGCUGCUAAGAGCAAGAAGUAAUGUUCUUGCUGUCGAGAAUAUAAAAAAGAAAAUAUCCGGGUUUUUCUUGUAGCAUAAUUUUCUCCUCUCUCUCUCUCUCUCUCUCUCUCUCUCUCUCUCUCUCUCUCUCGACCAUAAAGCUAAGACAAAAGCUAAGAGAAGAUGCGGGCGGGGAAAGUUCGUUUGCGAGGAGUAUGCACAAACAUGCACACAAUACUUGUUGGUUGGUGGUGGUUUUCCUUGUUUCCAAUGCCAGGCGAAAGGGGAGAGCGAAUAAGGCGUUUCGUUUCGAUUCGAUUCAGGGCGUUAUAGGGUUUAAGGUAAAUUCAAUGAGAUGAUGAUGUUGUGGUUCUUUUUAUGUUUUCUCUUUUUUUAUAAGUUAGGUGCAUAACCUACACCCAUGGUAUUUUAAGUUGUUGGUUCAUAUAGUUAGAGAGAAGAGGAUCGAUGUGUUUAAAGGCGCCCGUGUUGUGGAUAUGGAACGGGCGGG